GAUCGACCAUUUUGACUUGAAUCCUACUAGAUCCUACUUCAACUUCGCAAAAAACCACUCAAGAUGUCGAACGCAUCAAAAACACCUAGUACAAUGGAAACUAUCUCAAAGGAACGUGAAAAUUGUCCAUUUGAUCUAUGGAGAAUGACAUGUGCAAUGCAUGGUGGUGAAGAAUGGGCAAAAUUGAAAGGAACCAUGAUGAUUGAAAUCGAAAGAGAUCCUAGCUUUAGACUUGAUGAUAUACAUGAUUUGUCAAAAGAUCAAAUUAGGGAAAGGACGAUGAUGAAAUUUGCUAAUAUGAUUCAUUAUGUAACUACUGAAAGAUUAGACAUCUUUACCAAACGUAUGGAAUUGAUUGGAAUUGCAGAUCCAAGUUUUUGGACUCGAUUUGGAGUCCAUUAUGGAUUAUUUCUUGGAGCGAUCAGAUCAGGUGCUACUUCUAAUCAAUUUAGUUAUUGGAUGGAAAAAGGAGUGUUGGGUAUGAAUGGAUUAGUAGGAUGUUUUGGAAUGACUGAAUUGAAUCAUGGAUCUAAUGUGGCUGGAUUAGAGACUACUUCUACUUUUGAUGAAAAAACUGACGAGUUUGUGAUUCAUACUCCUAGUCUUUCGGCCACAAAGUGGUGGAUUGGUGGUGCAGCACAGACGGCCACUCACUGUUCCGUUUUUGCUCGCUUGAUCGUAAAAGGCAAAGAUUACGGAACUAAAACAUUCAUUGUCCCUUUACGAGAUCCUCGUAAUUUUGCAUUAUUACCAGGUGUAAACAUUGGUGAUAUAGGAAAGAAGAUGGGAAGAGAUGGUAUUGAUAAUGGAUAUAUUCAAUUCACAUACGUGCGGAUCCCGCGUGCAUAUAUGUUGAUGAAGCAUACUCAAGUGACGCGAGAUGGGCAGGUCUAUGAACCACCUUUGGCACAGCUCACCUAUGGUGCAUUACUUCAGGGCAGAACAGCUAUGGUGGCCGAUGGUGCCAAUGUCUCUAAGAAGGCAUUGACCAUUGCAGUUAGAUAUGGAGCUGUCCGGCGUCAGUUCAAGACUGGUGAUAACGAGCUUGAAACGCAGCUCUUGGAUUACCCUAUUCAUCAAAGACGUCUGAUGCCACUUUUGGCGCAGGCAAUCGCGAUGGGAUUUACUGCCCUGCGAAUGACGAAGAUGUUUGAGAAACUUACUGAAGAAUUGGAGUCAUUUGAUUCUUCCUCCGAUACAGAACAAACCGAAAGAGUAUUAGAGACUCUGAAAGAAACUCAUGCAUCAUCGGCUGGUCUUAAAGCCUUUUCGACUUGGCAAUGCCUUGAUACUAUUGAUAAAUGUCGUCAAACUCUUGGUGGUCAUGGAUAUUCCGCGUACGCUGGACUGGCCUCGAUGUAUGCUGAUCAAGCUGUUCAAUGCACCUGGGAGGGAGAUAACACUAUUCUGUCCCUCCAAGCAGGACGAUCACUCAUAUCGGCAUAUCAAGACGCUCAGAAAGGAAAGAAGGUUUCAACUGGAGUAGCUUAUUUGGAUGAUAAAUCUGUUUUAACGAACAAAUGUCCCUCUGACACAAAAUGUGUUGAUUUAAACACCAUGAAUUCAGCAUGGGCCACAAUUUCAGCCAAUGUAGUGAAAAAAGCAGCAGAAGUGUAUGAUACUAAAUUAAAAAGUGGCGUCAACAAAGAUGUGGCAAUGGAAGGAUGUUCACAUGAAAGGUUUUGUGCAGCAAAGAUUCAUACGAUGGGAUACCUUUAUAGACAGUUUUUGGAUGCUUUGGAAACACUUGAAAGUGAAGAACCUUCAGGUUCGACUACUGUUUCUACUUUAAGAACAAUUUGUCAACUUUAUGGAGCAUUUCAGAUUGAAGAAAAUGCAGCUUAUUUUUUGAAGUAUGGAUUUUAUACUGCUAAACAAAUGGAUAUCAUAUCAGAAAAGAUUAAUCAAUUAUGUGCAGAAGUUAGAACUUAUGCUGUUUCAUUAGUAGAUUCGUUUUAUUAUAGUGAUCAUAUUAUUAAUAGUCCAUUUGGUAGAUACGAUGGAAAUGUUUAUGCAGCAUAUUUUAAUGCUGUUCGUGCUGCGAAUCCACUUCCACCUGUUCAUCCAUAUUUCGAUCGAUUGAUCAAACCAUUAUUAACGAGAAAGCCACUUGAAAUGGAAGAUGCAGCAUCGAUGUCAAUUGAUGAAGAAAUUGAAGAAAUUCAACAAGAAAGAUUGAGUGGUGAAGGUGAAGUUGAUCAAGGUGAUGGUAGUUUAAGUCUUACUGAAGAUCAAAAACUUGAAACUGAAGGUACAGCUGAAUGGGAAAAGAAAAGAUAAAAAGAAAAAAAUAGGUUUGAAAGUUUGAAAAAGAAAAUUGAUUUAAGCAUUGGUUUUUCUUUAAAAGUAUGAAGCAGCAUUCUUAUGAAAGGAAGUUUGUAUGAUAAGUAAAUAUAUAGUGUGAAGUUUGUUUUCAUUUAUGAGUAUCGUUCUUAGUACAAAGUUUUUGAUUGUAGUUGAAAAGAAAGAGUGUUGUAGUUAGUGGUGUGGGUUUUUGUUGUUGUUGUGCAUGUAUGUAUAUAUA